AGGAGAAGAGGAAGAAAGAGAAAUCGCUGAUUCCGAAAUUGUCGAUGUUAAAAUCGUCAAAGCCGAAAUCGCCGUUAUGAAAGGAAUAAAAGAGGAAAGAGAAAAAAGAGAUGGAAAAAAAAUAACAACCAUCAAAUCGUCACAGAGUACGUUACGAAUGUCAAAGGGAAAAGAAAAGGCAGUAGAAUAUGAAGAAAAUAAAGUGUGGAUG